GUCUGUGUGGCUGCAGUGUGGAAACGCAACCACACGGGGCGCUGUUGAGUAGUUCGUUUCACCGCCGGGGGGGUUUAGACUCAACAAAAAACUAGUUCUUCGCAUUUUGACCCACUUUCUGAUUUGAACGAAAGGCUUGUUUGUUCUCUCUCUUUCUUUUUUCUCUCUCUCUUUCCGAUAGUUUAGCUCAUAGCAAGGCGGUAGAAACACCAAACACUUUACAACCACAUCCGAGACAGAAGAAGGGAACAUGGACAUGAAAAAGAGAAUUCACCUAGAACUGAGAAAUAGGACGCCGUCGGAUGUUCAGGAGCUGGUCCUGGAUAACUGUCGGUCCAACGAGGGGAAGAUGGAGGGCAUAACGGAGGAGUUUGAGAACCUGGAACUGUUGAGUCUCAUCAACGUGGGUCUCAUCAACGUCUCAAACAUACCCAAACUGGGGAAAUUAAGAAAGUUGGAGCUGAGUGACAACAGGAUAUCUGGUGGUUUGGAGGUGUUGGCCGAGAGGCUGGUCAACCUCACACACCUCAACCUCUCCGGGAACAAGUUCAAGGACAUCAGCACACUGGAACCACUGAAAAAACUUCCCGUGUUGAAGUCUCUGGACCUGUUUAACUGUGAGGUCACCAACCUGGGAGAUUACAGAGAGAGCAUCUUCAAGCUCCUCCCUCAACUCACGUACCUGGACGGCUACGAUAUCGAAGACUGCGAGGCCUCCGAUUCGGACGGCGAGGGAGACGGGAUCGACGACGACGACGAUGAAGAACAAGAGGGGGAGGGGGGAGAGUCUGAGGAGGACUUUGAUGAAGAGGAGGAGGACGAUGACGAAGAGGUCAUUGCGGAGGAAGAUGACGACAGUGCGGAGAGCGAAGAGGAUGGGGAGGUGAACGGAGAUAUCGACGAUGAUGAUGAUGACGACGAAGAUGAUGAUGAGGAUGACUCUCCAGCGAAAGGAGAGAAGAGGAAGAGGGAUCCUGAGGAUGAUGACGAUGAUGAAGAUUCAGUGUCCUCCCCUCCACCCCUCAAUAUCUGAUUCCACCCCUCAAAAUCUCUGAUUCCACCCCUCAAAAUCUCUGAUUCCACCCCUCAAAAUCUCUGAUUCCACCCCUCAAAAUCUCUGAUUCCACCCCCUCAGUAUCUCUGAUUCCACCCCUCAGUAUCUCUGAUUCCACCCCUCAAAAUCUCUGAUUCCACCCCCUCAGUAUCUCUGAUUCCACCCCUCAAAAUCUCUGAUUCCACCCCUCAGUAUCUCUGAUUCCACCCCUCAAAAUCUCUGAUUCCACCCCUCAGUAUCUCUGAUUCCACCCCCUCAGUAUCUCUGAUUCCACCCCUCAGUAUCUCUGAUUCCACCCCUCAGUAUCUCUGAUUCCACCCCUCAGUAUCUCUGAUUCCACCCCUCAGUAUCUCUGAUUCCACCCCUCAGUAUCUCUGAUUCCACCCCUCAGUAUCUCUGAUUCCACCCCUCAGUAUCUCUGAUUCCACCCCUCAGUAUCUCUGAUUCCACCCCUCAGUAUCUCUGAUUCCACCCCUCAGUAUCUCUGAUUCCACCCCCUCAGUAUCUCUGAUUCCACCCCUCAGUAUCUCUGAUUCCACCCCUCAGUAUCUCUGAUUCCACCCCUCAGUAUCUCUGAUUCCACCCCUCAGUAUCUCUGAUUCCACCCCUCAAUCUCUCUGAUUCCACCCCUCAGUAUCUCUGAUUCCACCCCUCAGUAUCUCUGAUUCCACCCCUCAGUAUCUCUGAUUCCACCCCUCAGUAUCUCUGAUUCCACCCCUCAGUAUCUCUGAUUCCACCCCCUCAGUAUCUCUGUUUCCACCCCCUCAGUAUCUCUGAUUCCACCCCUCAGUAUCUCUGAUUCCACCCCCUCAGUAUCUCUGAUUCCACCCCUCAAUCUCUCUGAUUCCACCCCUCAGUAUCUCUGAUUCCACCCCUCAAUCUCUCUGAUUCCACCCCUCAGUAUCUCUGAUUCCACCCCUCAGUAUCUCUGAUUCCACCCCCUCAGUAUCUCUGAUUCCACCCCUCAGUAUCUCUGAUUCCACCCCCUCAGUAUCUCUGAUUCCACCCCCUCAGUAUCUCUGAUUCCACCCCUCAGUAUCUCUGAUUCCACCCCCUCAGUAUCUCUGAUUCCACCCCCUCAGUAUCUCUGAUUCCACCCCCUCAGUAUCUCUGAUUCAAGCCGGUCUCAAAAUACAACACUGUCCCUUUUAAGACAUAAAAAAACUGGGUUAAUAACUCAUUAACUAGCGAAGGAUAUGAACAAUGUGUUUCUUUAAUCUCAAAACAAGCAGUCGACUCAACUUCAGCUGUAAACACAGUCCAAGGUAAAUGUCACGGAGCCAUUUAUGGCAACGGUCUAUUUGCAUAUAGGCCCUGGUUUCGUUUUUGUUUCGCUGAAAGUGGCUAAUAUUGCGUUUUUGAUUCCGUCACAAUUCCUCCCCCGACGCCUCAGUAUCUCAGAUUUCCCCCCCCCCCCCAAAAUCCCUCCAGCCAAUCUAGGAUGUCCCGAAUGGUACCUUUGUCCCUAUAUAGUGUGCUACUUUUGACCAGAACCCACAGGGCUUUUCUGAUGAGUUCAGGGCUUUGGGCCCUGGUCAAAAGUAGCACACUAUAUAGGGACUAAGGUACCAUUCGGGACAUCCUAGAUUGGCUGGAGGGAUUUGGGGGGGGGCAGAUAGAUAUAUAGAUAGAUAGAUAUAUAUCUAGAAUUUAUAUAUAUAUAUAUAUAUAUAUAUCCUCCGUUGCAAGGACUUGCGUUUCUCUGCUUCAUGGUCGUUGAGGAUCGGAUGGAAUCCCGAAAGAACCUCGCAUUCGUUCCGUGACCUCACCGGGAGGGGGCGGGGCUCUCUGUGACGUCAUAACGAUGUCACCGCCCGGAGGUUCCGUGACGUCGUCGACUCCUUCGGAGCUCUCCGUCUGUAAACGACCUCGUCGCCCUGACAACCAACCAACCUUUUCCCAACAAUGGGGGAACAACUCCCCAACAGUGCCUGUUAUACCUACCAAAUGGCACCCUAUCGGCCAUUUUGUGCACGCGCUACUUUUGGUUAGGGCCCGUGUCGGUCCCUUUAGUGCACUAUAUAGGGAAUAAGGGGGGGCCCAUGUAGGACAUAAUCAGAGCUUUUUAAAAUAUUUUUUCAGACUUUGUCGGGUUUUUUUCCUUAAUUUUGUUGUUGUUGUUGCUGUCUGUCUCCUCCCUCCCUUGUGUUUUGGGUUAGGGUUGGACUGGAGCUAUCCCCUACGUAGUGCACUACUCUAUGGGUCCCGGUUAAAGUAGUGCACUACAGAGUAGUGCGCUACGUAGGGUACCACUGGGGAUGCAAGCCUCCCAAGUUGUGGCUCUGUUUUUACUUUCUGUAAGUUAAGACAAAAUGUACAAAAAUUUACUUUGUAAAUAAAAUCUUAACAUUUU